CUUGAACAAACAAGUUGAAACAAUUUAUAUUACUAACACGACAAGUGUAUAAUUUGUAAAAUGGUGUCAUAGGAAAAAAAGAAAUAUUAUACAGUCACUAAUUUUAUUUCUAAUAUCGUUAAGUUGGUUGAGAGUAGCUCUUCCCAGGGCUUACAGUAUCAGUAAGAUAAGUAAAUCAAGUAAAAUUAUACAUAAUAUAAAUUAUAUCCUAAGUCCUUCAACUUAUUGUAAGAGAAGUCAAUUUUGAUGUCCAACAAGACUGAAUAUGCUUGUUAUUUCGACUUGGCUGUUCCAGAAAAGUUUUCUGCUGAAAAGGAGUCAAUCAUGGUUCGCACGGAGAGCACAGGAAUCUUGGAGAAGUAUUCUAAAUUUUUAGCAAAGGAAGAAGAAGUGAAAGAAAAACAGGAGAAAACAAGACGAUUAAGAGAUAGACUAUCAUUAUCUCUUCGAAUCAAAAAUAGUCAACGAAACAUGAGAGAAUUAAAAUCACCAAGCAUGGAGAGCCCCAAUAGCGCAAGAAAUGGCAGCAUCUCACCCACACAAGUGAGAAGGAACAUUUUAAAAUCAAGAAAUCAGUUAUUUACCCGUACAUGGAGUUCGAAGGAAAUACGCCAACAACAGAAGUUGGGUGAUCUCUCAAUGGAAGAGUUGCAGCAACUUAUUGACAAUAAAGUGCACUCUGUUCCUAAUACUCCUUCUAAAGGGGCUCCGGUGGCAUUAACAAUUGUUGAUCCGAUACCCGAAGCGCAUAAACUGGAUUCAAACGCAGUCUCACUUAUUCUCGAAAAAAAGAAAAAAGAAGCUGACGCCAAGCGGGAUAAACGAGCCAAAAAAAUUCGCUCAUUGGAAAGAGAUUGUUGUCGAGCACAAAGGAUAAUCGAGCAAAUGAAAUCUGUUUCCUUAACCUCGACAAAAUUGAAUUAUGAUGAUAAGAACUGAAGAUUUAGUCUUCACGCCAUUACGCUAUAGCGAAUUGACAAUAUUGAUAAAAGGAACCGAUUAUUUGCAGACAGCUUAGCAUAAGUUACGUGACCAUGUUCCCGGAAAUCACUCCAUGACGUACCCACAAGCAGUUUCAAAUCACGAAGCUUAGAAGGAUUCACAUGAGCAAAAAUGGGAUUGCUUGUGAUUUCAAAAAUAGACAAUAUUUGAAAAUUUCAAUUUUCACACAAGAUGCCCUGGGCAUGCAGCUGUCAGUCCUGUUCUUUUUUUUCAUUGGGUUAGAUAAUAUUUUUUUUGUAGAAGAGUAAAAAUAUUAAUAUUUAAAUUAUAUUUGUGAGAGAUAACCGUCAUAACCUGCAAGCAGAUAUCUCUCUUUUGAAACGCUCACUCGCAAAUUUAUACAGCUUUUUAUCCGCUUUAUUUCGAGCUCGAAUCUUUUUCAAAGUUUUCUUGUCUAUAUCUUUGUAGUAGUCUUCAUUUUUAUUCUUCUUUUCUCGAGGUAAAACUAGUUGAGUAUGGUUGAAAAA